AUGACAAAAUUUCUCCAGACCCCAAAAAUAUCAUUAGACUCCAGAGGGUUAACCUGGACCAUUUGUGAGCUUGUUUCUUUAGCAGUACCAGAGAGUUCAUUCUCACUGAUCCUUUUCUUAGUGCCAACAAAUUUCCUCGCUUCUGGGACUGGAGACACAGUGAACCCCCCUGCUGAGGAUGGAAGCUCUGAUGUCAUUUUCUUGCAGCAGCCUUUCAGAUACUUUGGACGCACAUACAAUCAGAUCUUUGUGAACAACAAUGGCUACCUUACGUUUAGUGAGCCACUGUCUGCCUACAACCCCGUUCUGGAUAACGCAAGAGACAUCGUUGCUCCACUUUGGACUCGCCUUGACAAUCGACGAGGUGGAACUGUCUCCUACAGGGAGGAUACAAGCAAUGCUGUACUGGCACAAGUCACUGCAGCUGUUAAGAAAUACUUCCCUAACAUACCUUUUGCUGCUACAUCAGCUUUUGUGGCUACCUGGGACAGAGUGCCGUACCAUAAUGGAGGAGGGGUGGUCACUUUCCAAGCAGUUUUAGUGUACAAUGUUCAUCGCUCUUUCAUCCUCAUCUAUUAUGGAGAUGUUGCAGAAACAGGACAACCUUGGCAGGCUGGUUAUAAUACUGUGGACUCUGCAAGCUCUUUCACAAUUCCAGCAGCAAGUGUCCCUGAUCUCUUAUUGAGCAGUAAUAUCAAUGUGAAUGCUUCCUGGUCUUUCCAUGUUGAUGGGUCACCAAACCUGCCAUCUAAUUUCCUACCAUUUGGAAACGGAGAAAUAGUAACCCCCCGUUUGGAGAAUGGAAGCUCUGAAGCCAUUACAUUGCUGCAGCCUUUGAAGUUUUUUGGACGCACACACAACCAGACAUUUGUCAACAACAACGGCCAUCUAACGUUUACUGAGCCACUGUCCGACUACAUUCCCCUUCUGAAUUCCGGAAGAGACAUCAUUGCUCCUCUCUGGACUCAUCUUGACAAUCUUCAUGGUGGAACUAUCUCCUAUAGAGAGGACACAAACAGUUCUGUACUGAUAUUAGUCACUGCAGCUGUUAAUCAAUACUUCCCUAACCUUGCCCUUCCAUUCAUCGCUACAUCAGUGUUUGUAGCUACCUGGGAUAAUGUGCCUUACUUCUCCGGUGAAGGGGUAGUUACUUUUCAAGUUGUCUUCAUCUCCAAUGUUGAUCACUCCUUCAUCCUGUUUAACUACGGAAACAUUGCAGAAACCAGACAACGAUGGCUCGCUCUCUAUGACACAGUGGACUUUGCAAACUCUAACAGCAAUGUCAACGUUAAAGGUCGCUGGGUUUUUCAUGUUUAUGAUGUUUGUGAUACAUUAGGCUGCACUGGACAAGAAGUUUGCAGUUUCAGAGAUGCCUAUGGCUGUAGUUGCUUGGAAGGACAAAAACUUAAUCCUGAAACAUUUGAUGCAAAGCAGUUUUGUGACAGCAGCACUAGCUCCUUAUCUCUUUCACGCUGCCAACUCUUUGAAUCUGGUUUUCCUCCUGAGAUCCUGCAUCUAAAUGACCCCAGUUGCAAAGGAAUUUCGGAAAAUGGCAGAGUUCUGUUUCAUUUUGACAAUGAUGGCCACGUCUGUGGUACUACUUUAAUGAGCAAUGGCACUCACUUCAUCUACCAAAACGCCAUUCAUUCUAACUUGUCAGUGGGUGUUAUUACACGAGAGAGAUGGAUGAAUAUUGCAUUUUCUUGUGCAUACCCUCUGAUCCAGAACCUCUCUAUGCCCAAGGACAUCCAAGCUGAAUGGAGUGUGAUAAGCAUCGACCUUCCUGGCCAGGGCACAUACCAGAUCCGGAUGAUUCUUUACCAUGAUGCUCAGUUUAGCAGCCCAUAUGAGGGAGAUGCGGAAGUGCAGGUGAAUCAGCAGAUGUAUGUUGCAGUUGAAGUGGGAGGAGUGGAUAGAAGUCAGAUUGCCACAGUUCUGGACAACUGCUGGGCCACACCGGUUAAUGAUAUUGAUCAUCAAAUUCGCUGGAAUCUGAUUAUUAGAGAAUGUCCCAACCCUGAGGAUGGUACAGUGGAGGUUUUACAGAAUGGUAUUGACACAACAAGCCGUUUCUCCUUCAGGAUGUUUACCUUCACUGGGGGUUCCGAUCAAAUCUUUUUGCACUGUCAAGUUCACCUCUGCCUAGUACGGAAUGGCAGAUGUGCACAGUCAUGCAACCCUGGACGUAGACGCAGAAGGCGCAGAUCUGUGGACUUCCAUCACACUACAGCGAUAACCAUGGGUUUUUAACAGAGCUAAGCAACCCUGCUGGAUGAAAGAUGAAUGAUAUCAGAAAGAAAACUUUUGUCACUAUUGAAAAUUUGUUAUUUAAAACUGUAAACAUUUUUAGGGUGGGGCUUUUAUGACUCUAUACUGGAC